AGAAUAAUGGGCGGAUGUGCCGCUUGUCCAAGCAUCUACCUUUGAAUAUUACAUGGCAAGUUGUUGGGCACCCAGCAGUAACGGCGAUCAGAUCGAGAUGAUGUCUAAUGUUCUGAGGAUAUUCCAUGAUCUUGAGCUAUGUAAACCUUGUGCAGCGCAGACCCUACCAUAGCUGAUCGGAUGUGCUGCGCUACGCUGCAAGCUGUUGACCAUUUAUGACGAGACAGCACUCACCUCGUUCCAUUCAAUGGGUUUGUUAUGGUCCUGCUUAUGCAAGUCUUGAUACGCCCAAACCAUCUGGAUGUAAAAACAAAAGGCCAACGGCGUGAUGACUCAUACGCGAAAGGUCUUUGGCUGGGCAUUGUGUUCAUUUCCAAUCUUUAGACAUCAACGAUGCGGCUGCCUUUGCCUUGUCGGGUUGCUAUACUUUGCAAUAGGCGCUCUUUUUCCUCUUCUGUCCCUUGUCUGUCUGCAAGCGUAGAAAAGACGCCAAAGGCAUCCACCACCAAGAGUGAUAGGCAACUCAUUCUCAAUGUUCUCAGUACAUUGCCAUCGCAGCGAGAGGCCAGACAUUUUCUGAAAAGAUUCAACCAGGUGCCACAAGAAAAACAGCAGAAUGCGGAUAUUCACUAUAGAGAUCUUGUCGCCGCUCCUAUUCAACGCGCAGACGAACUCUUAGCUGCUUCAAAGAGGCAGGAACAUGUGGGGCUAAUAAAAGUAGACGCAUCACUGACGGAGGUGGAACUGAGCGCAUUUGCGGGAACCUUAGUUCAGCUGCAAAAGUUGGGAUUGACACCGAUUGUAGUCAUCGAACCGAAUUCAUCGGCAAAUCGCACAAGGGUGAUUGAGGACUUAUUUCGAGUAGUCGAGGCCAUUGAUGGCGCUGGUGGAAAGGCAAUGGCUCUCUAUAGUGGAGUGUACGAAACAAAGGAUGAAGGGAACGUAUCCGUCCAGUUUCGUCCAAUCCAGACUGUCAUAAGUCUGAAUCAGAUACCCGUCCUUGCACCACUCGGACACGCUUCAGCCAGGCUCACCACGAUCACUUCUCGAGAUGCCUUGGUAUCCCUCUCUGCAGCCCUCGCAAACGACACCCGCUUCCGGUCUCCCGUGAAGACCAUCUUUGUGAACCAUCGUGGGGGGUUUACCGUUCAUGGUCGACCAAUCGGGUUCGUGAAUUUAGAAGAUGAAUAUGAUGACCUUCGUGCAGCACUAUCUGAUCAACAUGGCGGGGCACAACAGCAACUAGACGAUUUAGAAACUGUUCGCACUGUUCUGUCCGUUCUGCCGUCUUCAUCAUCUGCCAUCAUCGCGUCCCCCGUGUCAUCCGCAAGUUUAAUCUCCAAUCUUAUUACCGACAAACCCCUGUCUUCCACUUCCUUUGACCCAACAUCCUUCAGCAGCUGUUUUUUCAAAGAUGCGAAUGGUCCCAACACCCCAACCGUCCUACGGCAGGGCCUUCGCGUCCAGUUUCACCCAUCCCUAGCAACGCUUGACUUGAGGCGACUCCAAGUACUUUUGGAAGCGUCGUUUCAAAAGUCAUUAGAAGCGGACGCAUUCUGGAAGCGAAUGGAUAAUGUUAUGGAUGGUGUCAUUCUGGCUGGGGACUAUGAUGGCGCCGCUAUUGUCACCAAUGAACCGGAUCCAGAUGGAGUCGGGAAUCCUAUAGCAUAUUUGGACAAGUUUUCCGUUGCCCCAACAAGUCAGGGUAUUGGCGUUGCGGAUAUAUUGUGGAAACAGCUGCGGAAGCGAUACAAGGAUUUAUCAUGGCGGAGUCGUGCGGCAAAUCCAGUCAACAAAUGGUACUUUGAUCGCUCAGAUGGAAAUCUUAAGCUUCCUGGUCAUUACUGGGUGCUUUUUUGGUAUGGAUCACAAGGAGUGAAGAGGUUGAAUUCCUACAAGGAAAUGGCACGAAAUAUUCCGGCGUCGUUUUUGUCUCCACAAAAGAGUUGACAUGGGGAAGCACGCUUUAUAUAAUUGUAUUGAUAUAUAUACUAUCCAAUAUUGCCCAAAUCUGUUCACUCUGCCCUUGUAAUGCUC